CCGAAAUCCAACCCAUGAUUCCGAGCACACAUUCACCAUGGAGAACCUAGAGGUAUCCCAACAAUUCAAAGCAUCACAAUACCUCCCCUCGCCCACCGCCGCACACCUCGCCUGCAUCACCGGCACGCGCCUCCAAAUCCGCUGCGUCGCCUCCAACGAAGUAAUCCGGAACAUCGCGCUCCCCGCAUCCCUCGACGUGCGCAACGCCCGUCUCGCGUGGUCCCCGCCCUCGACAUCCCCACGCCCCGACAACCCGACCUCGUCGAGCGCCGCAGCGACCCCGCCGCGAACCCGCAGGAGGACGGCCCCGCGCUCGAACCGCAUACUCGUCGCCGCCGAGGAGACGACGCGGGUGUACGAUCUGCGCGACCAGAAAUGGAGCGCGACGAUAAGUAAUGGGUCGGGCGGGAUGGGCAAGAACGUGCAUGCUGUUUUCGGGGGCACGGAGGACGAGGUUGUGAUUUGGAGCGAUUUCGCGAGUAAGGCGACGGUGUGGUGUCUAAGGACGGGACGCACGGUCGAGAUCAAGGAUCCGAAGUUCUCGGGGAGGGAGGGGAAGGGCUGGGGGUAUCGGCCUUGUGGUGCGGAGUCCAGCGAGACGGGAACGGUGGACGUGAGGAGGGAUGGGAGGGUGUUGGCGAUGUUGUGUCGGUCUGCGGGGCAGGAUGUCUUGCUGAUACUGGAUGGGGUCAAGUAUCAGGUUGUUAAGAGGGUGGAUUUACCGACGGUGGACGCGGUGGGGUUGAAGUGGAGUUUGGAUGGGCGGUGGAUUGCUGUUUGGGAUUCUGCUGCUUCGGGGUUCCAAUUGCAUGUUUACACCGCGGACGGACAUCUGUAUAAGACUGUUGGUCGCGAACCGUCGGAUCGACUGAGUGAUUGGACAGUGGAGGGUUUGGGGAUCAAGAGCGUGGAAUGGGUGCCAGGGAACCAGUGGUUGGCAGUGGGAGGCUGGGACCGCCGAGUUCGCAUACUUUCCACCCGCACGUUCGCGCCAGUCGUGUUCCUGGAUCACACGGCGCAGAUAAACGUCCCAAGCGCUGCGGUCUACACCGAAGAGGUGGACGCCAGAGGGAAUCGACGGUACAGCUUGACCCAACAGCCCGUGGAGCCUCCAAAAGCAGUCACGGAGAAGAACGACACAGGGGCGAUGAAGCAAGGCAUAAGCCUGCUCGCGUUCAACAUGGACGGCACGAUUUGCGCUACGAGAGAUGAUGCUACGCCAACGACGAUAUGGAUAUGGGAUCUGCGGAGCCUGAGGCCCAGCAUGAUACUGAUCCAGCACUCGCCUGUCAAGAGCUUACAAUGGCAUCCGACCGAUCCUUCACUCCUUCUCAUCCAGACUACACAAGACACUCCGACUCUAUAUCUCUGGCGCGCCCCAUCACUCCAAUCAUCCACAUUCGGAGCCUCCACAUCCUCGUCCAGAACCCCCAUGGAACCCACGAUCAUCACCCUAAAAGACCACAUCACCAAGUGUGCAGGCUCCGUCCCGGCCCGUUGGGACGCAAAAUGGCUCCCAACCACCCCAGACAAGAAGACAUCCAUCGUGCUGGGCCACCAACAAGGCUGCAUCCUACUCUGGCCCGACGGCAAGGACCAGAUUCUCCGCUUCGAGAGCGUGGAGGGCGAUGACAGUGAUGAUAGUCUGUACGACAUCCUAACCGGACGGACGCCAAUUCCGCCGUUGCACCAAUCUGCACGAGAGGAUGACGAUAUGGACGACGAGAAUGGCGACUCUGCUGAGAACCUGGAAGACACGUUCAGGGAUAAGCGGUUGCCGGUUGGGUCUGGCGGUCGAGGGCAAGAAUACGAGGUGGAGCAGAAAAGCAUCUUUUACGAGAGUGGGAUGGAUGAGAUGUUUUGAACGGAUGCUUUCUACGUUGUAAUGCUUGUGUCAUCUGUUAUCUUUCCUUUUGCUCUCUCCUUUCCCGGGACCGGAUGGCAUGGGACGGCGCAUUUUUGGAUAUGGUCGGGAACAAAAUAAAAGGGAAAAGAGCUUCAUCUACCAUAUAUAUACCCCAUAUUAAACACACUUCAGAAGAACGUCGCGGCAUUCUGCACUGACAAGUUCCUUUCGCAACAAACCACCCUUGUAUCCGCGACAUUACACUAUAACAUUCAUAUUUCUUUACAUUCAAAAAAAGAAAAACCCAGGAUAU